CUUUGUUGAUUAACAUAUUUGGCGUAUGAAUAUAUUAUGGAUACUUGCUGACGAGGAUUAAAUUAAUGUUGAAAUUAUUAGAUCUAAAUUAGUCUUAAAAUGUCUAAUAGUGUUUUAAAACGUAGCAUGGAUCGAGAAGGUUCACCUAUGAGUAAAAGAUCUCGAUCUGGUUAUGCUCCUGAACAUGAGUUAAUGCGUGAUCGAAUGAGCCCUGAUUUCGAUAGGAGAGACAGUCACAGUCGAGGGAAGUAUGACCCACCCGGUCCACCACCAAUUUAUAGAACCGAAUUUUUGGUUCACGAUGGUCCACCUCCUGCUAGACAGUACGAAAGUCGCGGACCUCCACCAAGUGGUCCCUAUCAGGUUCCAGCUAGGUGGCCUCCAGAUAAUAAUGAUUACAGAUCUCUGUACAUUAGCGGAAUUCCUAGCAAAGUGCCGGAUAAUGUACUUAAAGAUUGUUUAAUUGAUAACUACAAAAGGUUUGGUGAAAUGAACGUAAAAAUAACCAUGUCUAAUGACCAACGAGUGGCAUAUUUAAAUUUUAGAUAUCCAGAAGAUGCUAGAGAGGCAUUGGUGAAAGGCAUAAAAUUUUUGUUUGACAGGGAGUUAAAAAUUAAUCCAGUGUUUAAUAAACGGCGAAACAUUAGCCCGAGUCGCCAGAUUCAACCUCCAGCGACUGGACGUCCUUUGGCUGAUCCAUUUUACAAUCGUCAUUCUCCACCACCCUAUGACAGGAGGCCUCUUGCAAUGGACCCUCUCCCUUAUGCCAGCAGAGAUGACUAUCGACCUCCACCAAUGCCAGGACCAGGAAGUCUUCCUCCAGCUGAAAGUGAAAGAAAAAGUGAAAAAUUUCCAUAUCACUUAGAUCAUGUUGAUCCAGAGUAUGAUGAUAAGGCAACCAGAACACUUUUUGUUGGUAAUCUUGAUGUUAACAUAACUGACUUUGAUUUGAGAAAUAUUUUUGGAAAAUUUGGAAUGGUUGAGGAUGUGGACAUCAAACGUCCCAUCCGUAACACUGGGAAUGCGUUUGCAUUUAUCAAAUACAUUAAUCUUGAUUGUGCUCACAGAGCUAAAGUAGAAAUGUCAGGAAAAUAUAUUGGCAGAUUUCAGUGCAAAAUUGGCUAUGGAAAAGUGACUCCCACCACUGUUAUCUGGGUGGGGGGUCUUGGACCUUGGGUAACAGUUGAAACUCUAGAGAGAGAGUUUGACAGGUUUGGUGCAAUACAACACAUUGAGUGGCCCAGGAAUAAAAACUUUGCAUAUGUAGUUUAUGACAGUAUUGAUGCAGCACAGGCUGCUUGUCAGCAAAUGCGUGGCUAUCCACUUGGUGGUCCUGAUCGACGUUUGCGCCUAGAUUUUGGUGAAAAAGAACAUAUCAGUCGUAGUCAUAGCCUACCAGACUAUCAUUAUCCUCCCCCUAAAGAGCGUAGCUAUGGGCCACCACCAGAACGUCCACCAGGUCCAUGGCGUGACUCACCUAGAGGCCCAUCUGAUGGCCCAGAAAGGUCUCGCUAUGAAGAUUGGCAGCGUGAAAAUAGAGACUACAGGGCCCCACCUCCUGAAGCUUAUCGGGAUGAAAGUCGUCGAACUGACAUUUAUUAUUAUGAAAGGCGAAGGGAACGAACUCCUGAAUAUGAAAAAGGUUCUUACCAUGUUGGUGUUAGCCGAUCACCUGAGCGAUCAAGAGAUUACCGUGAUGAGCGUGGUCAGCCACGUGAGAUAGAGAGAAGCUUAUCAGAAAGAAGGGACUACAGGGAACGUAGCCCCAAUGGUGAUUUCAUAGAAAACCAAUGUCGUUCAUUAGCAGAUUUGGCUAAAAUUCUUCCUGUUGCAUGGAACGGUGCACUAAUUUUAAAAAGCUCUGCCUUUGCCACUAGAAUGCAUGUAGUCGGUGGAGAUGUAACAUUGGUGGACACUUUGAUGAGAGAUCCUACAUCAACUGAGUCUCCAGUUUUGAAAAUAACCCAGCGCCUGCGCUUAGAUCAGCCUAAAUUAGAUGAUGUUGGUCGUCGAAUCCAGGCAGCUGGUCCUCGUGGUCACUGCAUUUUACUUGCAAUGCCUAGCUCACUAACUAACUAUGAAGACAAUGCAGCAGCAAUACAGCAACGACCACUUAAAAAUCUUGUGACCUACUUAAAACAAAAAGAAGCUGCUGGGGUUAUUUCUCUGCCGCCUAUUCCUAUUUCAGGAAAGAAAGACGUGGGUGUUCUCCAUGCUUUCCCACCAUGUGACUUUGGUUUUAACUUUUUAAGAAAUCGUGCUCCAAAGCUGUCUCCAGAGACUACUAAAGAAGAUUAUCUUGUUGUAGUCGUUGUUAAUGGUGUUCAAUAUUGGCUGAAAUACAAGUCACACCACUCUCACUCAGAUAAAUAGAAGUAAGGACUGCUUAUCAAGCAAUUUGAAGCUUACAUUCUUACAUUUUUGUCAUGUAAUUUUAGCAUGUGAAGAUCUUUUGUGUUACUGUAGUAAUAGCACAAACAUAAUAUGACUGGAUUUCUCAGACAAAGUAAACAUGUGAAAGCAAGAAGCAAAACAAACAACAUAACAUUUCUUAAUUUUGUUACGAAGUGUUUUUUAUUCACUUGUGGUUAGGAAAACAGUAAUCAAUGUGCUUCUAUUUUGUGCCCUUUUUAAUGUGCUAAUGUUUUCAUGAUGUGUGGUGCUCGUGGUAAGUGCUGACAUUCAGAGUGCUAUCAUUAAUCUAUAAUAGAUGUGUAAGGCAUCCUCUUUUUUUUUUUUAUAUUCAAGGAAUUUCAGUGAAUUGAUUUCAUAGUGGAAGAAUUAUUUUUUAACACUUGAGCAAAAUGAAUUUUAAUCUAGCAAUUUUUAACUUUAAAAAAAAAAAUAAUUCAAUACCGGGUACCGGUACCCUCAAAAAAAAAAGACAGCAAAUAGUUAACUUUGUGAAGUACUGGUAUUGGAAGUGGAGCACUUUAUUUUCAAUAGGUUAAGGAACAGUGAAAUUUUUUUCUUAGUACUGUGUAACAAAAGCAUACAUUUGACUAUUUCAGCCUUUUUUUUUUUUUCUUUGUAAAUAAUUUCAACUAAGUUUGUGCAUGCGUUUUUUUUAAUAUUGAGCUUUUAAUAUAUUUUAUACUUUUUUUAAAGUGACGAAAUUUGUGUUUAUGUGGUGCGACAAAGUGAAACAAAAUUGCAUUACUAUGAAUUAUUUAAAAUGUGUAAGGUAUUAUUCCAUUGUUUUUCUUAUAUAGUGGAUAAAAGAAGGGCUAAAAAUUAAUGUUGUGUACCCAUCUAUAUUAGUUUUGGAUCCCUUUUUUUUUUCUCGUAUAUAGUAGACCCCAUCUUUAGUAUUGUGGUGGUUUUGUGUAUUUCUUAACUCUAUAGAACAAUAAACAUAUUACUCUCAA